AUGCUGAGCCCGGCGCUAGCUUGCGGCCUGGCGGGGCUGGCGCUCGGGGUUCCGCUGUUGUUGUUGCUGUUCGUUUUGUUGAGGUGGGCGGCCGCUGCCUUUCGCUGCUGGCUGGGCUUUCCGAGGCGGCUGAUGGCUCGUACCGAGAAGCCGUUGUUCAGGAUCGCGUACACAUUGUAUACAAGAACAAGACUAGGGUACAUCUUUCACAAGAAGCAAUUGAAGAAGACUCGAGAUCAUUAUCCUAGCGGCCAUUCCGUUGUCUGCCCUAAAAUCCUUAACGGUCACGAAUAUGCACAAGAUAACCUGAUGUUUGCUGCUUCAGUUGAACCAAACAAUCCUGCUAUUUUCAACAAGCUUGACUGGGUACUGCACCAGAGGCACGAGAAACAUUGCACAUGCCCUUCGACAAUCGGGGAAGAGAAGGAGUACAAUCCAUUUUUGCGAACUCACUCCAGCGAUUUGCACGAAGCCCUUGGGGUUGAGCGGCAACUUGACGAAGACUGGACUUGCUUCAGAUCCAGGGUCCUGGAGGAGAUCACCAAAAACAAACACACAGCUGUGAAGGUACGAGGAAUGUCCAAAGUAUAUUGUACAUGAAGCCUUUACCACUAGAAACUCAAAUACAGGAUGUCUGCUAGUGUUCACUGAGUUGUUUUUUUUAGUUAAAUAAGGAUGGAGAUAGAGGCAACACCAAAUAAAGUCAGAUUGUAAAAAAACUCUCACCUCUUUACUGUAAGGUUGACACUAACAUUAACUUCCACUUUCUACUGAUCAUAGCAGCAAGUUGUUGCUUGUUUGGCAAUAUAUUGAUGUUGGAGCAGAGUGGAGGGAGCUUUACUCUGUAUCUAACCUCACGCUAUCUUUGUACUGAAUGUGUUUGAUGGGGACAGUGUUGAGGAUGCUAAACUUAGAGAUUAAAAGAGUAGGGAGAUCUUUUUCUUUCAGUUUAAAGGACUGAGGGUGCUUUACUCUGUGACUAACCUUGUUUUGUACCUGUUCUGGGAGUGUUUGACGGAGACAACGUAAAGGCAGCUUUACUCUGUAUCGAUCCCUGUGCUGUACCUGUCCUGGGAGUAUUUGAUGGACACUGGGUGCCUAAAACAAGAUGAGUUUGAUUGUUAACGCUAACCCACCCCACCACCUCAUCAAUCUGCACAUAAAUAUAAAGCGAUAUGUAGCAUGUGUUGGAUGGUGAUUUAUGUAACAGAUGGCACUUCUCCCAGAGUCGGACCUUGGUUGCAUACUGCACUUGAACUGCAGAAGCAGGAUAGCAGUGUUUUAUGUAAUAUCAUUCCGUCUACCUUGAGAGAAUUCUCUCGAUACAUACUGUGGAACAGCAGGACAUUAAAUGGGGUUAUUCUCCAACUCAGCAGCAAGUGGUCUUGGAAUUCUGAUAGAGACAUCUGGGUAUAAAAUCUUUAUUUUAUUUACUUCACUGGAAAGAAAAUAAAUUGCUGCUGUAAAUUCAGGUGUAAAGUUAAUAAAUUAAUUUUGAUGUCAAAUCUUUAAUGUGCUCCAGGGAUGCUGUAUUAUCAAAUUUCUAUUAAAAAGUGUCUUACUUCA